AUGGAUCAUGAUGAGGUGUGGACGGAGCUGGACCAAAUUUCUAUGCGGCUUCAGGAGGAUGGCUUACCUCCUGCAGCCAGUGCGGAGGAGCGGCAGCGUCAUCUGUGGCAGCAGCUGCUCAGAAGUGAGGCGAAGCUUCAGUCAGCUGCCCAGGAGCUGCAGGCUUUACGUACCCAGCAGGCCAAUGAGAUGAAGGAGGUGGAGAGCUAUGUUGCACACAUUCGUGGGCUGUUGGAAGAGCGUGAAUGUCUGACUGCAGACUAUGAGAGAGACAAUGAACACUUGCGACAUGAGCUUCACCAGAUCAGACAACAACAAGAGAGUCAGAGCAAAGAGCUGGCAGAGAUGCUGGCUCAGGAGGACCUUGGGGAGAUGGGCUUGAGCAGCCCCAGUGAGCAGGUGGCUUACUUGCUGGUGGAGAGGGCCACACUGCUGGAAAGGCUGGAGGCUGCUGAAAGGAGACUGGAAAGUCAGAGCCUCACUGGCAAUUUGAGGGAGGGCCACCACCAGGAGCAUAUUCACCACAUGAUGGAGGAGGAGCUAAGGCAGCAAAGGGACAAUAUACAGAAAAGCAUAGAUAACAUGACAAAGCAGUGUGCAUCCCAGAGUCCAUGGAAGAAGCUGUUUGGGCUGCGCAGGUCUGGUCAGAGCAAACACAAUAUUACCCCUGCCCACAGUGAGGAGAUAUCCCAGGAGCGAAAUGAGCGCCAGCGGCUGGAGCGGGACCUGGAAGAGGCGUCUAGGCGGCUGGCAAUGGCUCAUCAGGAUAUCCGCAGACUCACCAAUGAGCUGGAUGUUGCCAAAAACAACAACCUAGAUUCAAGUGGAUCUGGGAUUCAGGGAAUGGUCCAAGAAGUAGAAAACCUGAGGAGGGAAGUGGACAAACUGAAAAACUGUGAUAUGAUGAAGCUGCAGCGGGCCAAAGAGCAAAAUGACAGACUAGAUGCUGAGAACAGAGCUCUGAGAGAGAGAGUGCGCACUGUAGAAUCUGAGAAGAAAAACCUCCAGGAACAGUUGGCAAUAAAUGUUGCAGACCAAGAUGUAGUAGCUGAAGAGGAUCGAAAGGACAAGGGCAUUAGCAGCGAACCCCAAAACAAUCUUUCUGCCUUGUCAGCUCAAGAAAAAGAUCAUAUUCACAAACGGUGUCACGAGGCGAUGGAAGAUGGGCUUGUUCAGGUAAGGGAGUUGCAACGACAGCUCCAAAGGCUACGCAAGGAACAGGAAGAGCUGGAGGAGAGGAACGAGGAGCUGGAGGCCCUGCUGGGGGAGGCCCAGAACGCCAGCAAGGAGGAGGGUCAUCGCCAUGAGGGAGAACUGGAGGGACUGCAUAGGAGGAUCAAAAGCCUGGAGGCAGAGCUGAAGAAGCAGGAUGCCCAUGAAAAAAUGAUAAAGAAUGGAGAAGAGGUCAAAGCCACCGAGUCCUACUUACAGGACAACAGCCAGGAGAGACUGGCUCUGCUAGAGGCACGGCUGACUGAAGAGAAGGACUGGAGGAAACAGUUGGAGAUUGACCUCAAUGCUGCCCAGGCUGCCCUCAAAAAAGACAAAGAGGCUUUGCAGAUAGGUGAACGAGAGCUGAAGAAGCUGAGACUGGAAGUUAACAGCCUUCAGACAGAAUGCCAACAAGGGAAAACGCUCAUCAAGAGCCUCACCCAAGUCAAAGGGGAAAAAGCUGUUCUGGAGGAAAAGGUGGCCCAGAUGGAGCGCACCCACAGCCGACUCCAGAGUGAGCUAGAGCGCUAUAAGGACAGUAACCGGACCCAGCAGGACCGGAAGGAAAGCAGGCUUCAUGUUGACCAGCUGCAGGAGCAGGCUGACCGCCUGACUGCUGAACUCAGCAGCCUCCAGACAGCACACAACACACUGAGGGAUGAAAUGGUUUCUGAGCGGCUGCAGACUGCCGAGCUCCAAGCCAAGCUGAGCUCCAGUGUCCAGGAGAAGCUGGCAGCUGAGGGAGAAAGAGAAAGACUGGAGAUUGAGAUACAGCACCUCAACAAGCAGCUCAAGAGCCAUCAAGAGCAGUUCUCCUUCACAAAGGAAGCACUUAGUAGCAGCCAGAAGCUUGAACUGGAUACAACUCACAUAGAAUCUAGGUUUAGUCCUGUGGAGAGUACCAAGGAUGAAAGCUUGGAUCAGCUUUCAUGCCUGAAACAGGAGCUGAAUCAUCUGCAGACCAAGCUGGAGGAGGAGCAGCAGCUGGCCUUUCAGCACCAGCUGGCCCUGCAGGCUCAGGUCAAUGAAGCCCAGGCACGCGUCAAGUCCCAGGACUCAGUGCUGAGCCAGAAGGCAGAGGAGGCUAAACAGAUGAAACAGGACCUGCAGAGGGCCCAGAGCCUGUUCACCUCAGCAGAGAGAGAGCUGCGCUACGAGAAAGAGAGGAACAUGGACAUGAAGAGGCACAAUACCCUGCUGGACCAGGAAAAGCUCAAGCUUUGUGCAGAGCUGAAGCAGGUCCAGACCAAGCUGGUCCAGGUGGAGCAGACUGUCCACACUCAGGUGGCUGAGAGUGAAAGUCAGCAGCAGAAAAUCAGGGAACUGGAGCUGGAACUGGCACGUAACUCCACAUAUCGCAGCGCCACCACAAGUUUGCAGGAGGACCUGCAGGCUGAGAGGGCGCGGCUCAUUGCUGCUGACAAGAAGGUGUUGGAGCUGCAGCAGCAGCUUAAGAAUGCCCAGCACCAGCUGCGUGUGGAGGAAGCACGGGCCGGUGAGAGCAGCCGCCUGGAGCGGGACAGCAGGGAUCUGUCUGACACCUUGUCAGCCCUGAGAGCCCAGCAGCAGGAGGAGCACAUCACCAGGAAGCUGUUAGAGCAGCGUGAGGAGGAGCUGCUACAGCAGGUGCGCUCCCUGAGGCUGAAGGAGGCCUCCCUGACCAGGACCAACACAGAGAUUAGCCACCGUGCCCAGCAGCUAGACACCCGUCUGGCCAUCCUGGAGGCUGAGCUCAGGAAGGCCAGAGAGGAGGUGAGAGAUGGCCAGAAGUGCAGCCACAGACUGCAGGAGGAGCUGGCGGCCAGUCAACAGGAGUGUGACAGACUUCAGGCGGAGCUGCAGCAGGUUCUCCUCCAACAUGACACACACGUUAGAAAGUACAAUGAAAAGCAGAGUCAGCACAAGACUAAGCUGCGUCAGGCCAAGCAGGUCUUUCUCAAGACAACGGCACAGAGGGAUCGAACCAUCCAAAAACUGGAGAACGACCUGUUGCUGGCCUCCAGCCUCUCACACAAGGAGAAGGAAAGGAUCCAAACAGUGAUGGAGGAAAAUGAGAAGCUUUUGGAGGAGAAGAGGGAACUGUUGAGGAAGAUAAGUGAGGCAGAAGAAAUGGGUAGCAAUGGCAUGAGGACUGCCUCAACGGUUCAACACAGGGUCAACGUCUUAGAAGUGGAAAACAGACAGCUACAGGAUCGGACCCUAAAGCUCUCCAAUCAAGUCAGUUCCUUAGAGCGCGCCCUGAGAAACGUCCAGUCGUUCUACAGCCUGGAGAAUGCCAAGAAAGUGCACCACUCUGAAAGUCUCUGUGACGGCGUCCUACAUACAUCUACACUAAGUCUGACAUCAGGUUCCUGUGACCCAUUGGACAUCCUGGACAAAAUCUGCCGGGUGAAAGUGGGUGAGCGAAUGCUGGUGGACGGCACCCGAGCGUCUGUCUCCACACACCAGCUAUCAGAACAGGGUUACCUGAAUCUCACCUCCCCAUUGGCUCCUCCAGAGCCCAGAGGCACAGAGGAGAGCUCUAUUAACAGUGACAAGGUAUGAGA